AUGGAAAAAUGGGUGGGUUUGGUGAUGUUAGUGCUGUCUUUGCAACUGACAUUGCCAAUGGGAGGUGUUGGUGUUCAAGCUGCGGAGGUCACUUACGAUGGAAGGUCUCUUAUCAUUGAUGACCAGAGGAAAAUCCUCUUCUCUGGUUCCAUUCACUAUCCUCGCAGCACCCCUCAGAUGUGGGCACCGUUGAUAGCAAAAGCCAAAGAAGGAGGGGUGGAUGUGAUUCAGACCUAUGUCUUUUGGAAUUUACAUGAGCCACGACCCGGACAGUAUGAUUUCAGCGGGAGAUACGACAUAGUGAGAUUCAUAAAGGAAAUCGAAGCUCAAGGGCUGUAUGUAUGCCUCAGGAUUGGACCGUAUAUCGAAAGUGAAUGGACAUACGGGGGAUUCCCUUUUUGGUUGCAUGAUAUCCCUGACAUUGUCUUCCGCACUGACAAUGAACCAUUCAAGUACUACAUGCAAAAUUUUACAACGAAAAUAGUGAGCAUGAUGCAAUCAGAGGGCUUAUACGCUUCUCAAGGAGGCCCAAUAAUAUUGUCUCAGAUUGAAAAUGAAUAUCAAAACAUCCAAAAAGCAUUUGGAGAAGCAGCAUCCCGGUAUGUUGAGUGGGCUGCAGAAAUGGCAGUGGGCCUCCGGACUGGCGUGCCGUGGGUUAUGUGUAAGCAAACCGACGCUCCUGAUCCAGUGAUCAAUACAUGCAAUGGAAUGAGAUGCGGAGAAACUUUCACGGGACCAAACUCCCCCAAUAAGCCUGCAUUGUGGACAGAGAAUUGGACAUCAUUCUAUCAAGUUUAUGGUGGUGAGCCAUACAUCAGAUCUGCCGAAGAUAUUGCAUUCCAUGUCACUCUUUUUAUUGCAAGAAAAAAUGGAACCUAUGUCAACUACUAUAUGUACCAUGGUGGAACUAACUUUGGGAGAAAGAGCUCUGCUUAUGUUAUAACAUCCUAUUAUGAUCAAGCUCCACUUGAUGAAUAUGGUUUGUUAAGGCAACCCAAGUGGGGUCAUCUUAAGGAGUUGCAUGCUGCAAUCAAGUCUUGUUCUACCACUAUAUUGCAAGGAAUGCAAAGGAGUUUCUCUUUGGGUCAGUUGCAGGACGGGUAUAUUUUUGAAGAAGAAGGAGGAGAAUGUGUUGCUUUCCUUGUAAACAAUGAUAAUGUAAAUAUGUUUACUGUCCAAUUUCAAAACAGAUCAUACGAAUUACCACCAAAGUCAAUAAGUAUCUUACCUGAUUGUCAAACUGUGACUUUCAAUACUGCAACUGUAAAUACAAAGAGCAACAGAAGAACCAUAAAUCUAGUACAAACUUUUAGCUCAGCGGAUAAAUGGAAGCAAUUUCAAGAUGUGAUCCCUAUCUUUGACCAGACUUCGUUAAUAUCAAACUCAUUACUUGAGCAUAUGAACAUAACCAAAGACAAAUCGGAUUACCUUUGGUAUACUCUUAGGUUUGAACACAAUAUACGUUGCAGUGAACCAAUGCUUCAGGUUCAGUCUGCUGCUCAUGUUGCCCAUGCUUUUGCGGAUGGCAUGUACCUAGGAUGGGCACAUGGAAGUCACGAUGUGAAGUCAUUCACCUUACAGGUCCCCAUUACGGUAAAUGAAGGGACAAAUACAAACGAUAUAUCUAUAUUAAGCGUUAUGGUUGGACUCCCGGAUUCAGGAGCAUUUCUUGAAAGAAGAUUUGCUGGAUUAACCUCAGUGGAAAUCCAGUGCAGUGAAAAUUCCUAUGAUUUGACCAAUUCUACGUGGGGAUAUCAGGUAGGAUUACUCGGAGAGCAAUUACAAAUAUACGAAGAAGAAAGUAGCAGUUCUAUUCAAUGGUUCCAAUUAGGGAACACUACUGAUCAAAAACUCAUUUGGUACAAGAGAACAUUUGAUUCACCCGAAGGUGAUGACCCUGUUGCGUUGAACCUUGAAUCCAUGGGAAAAGGUGAAGCUUGGGUCAAUGGACAAAGCAUUGGUCGCUAUUGGAUCUCAUUCCAUGAUUCCAAAGACCAGCCCUCGCAAACGCUGUAUCACGUGCCUCGGUCGUUCCUGAAAGACACUGGAAAUGUUUUGGUAUUGUUUGAGGAGGGUUAUGGGAAUCCUCUUGACAUCUCCCUCAACACUGUUUCAACCACAAAUGUAGAAGAGAGUUUAUCCAAGUAAUCAUUCCCCACAGCUACUUAAUAUUACAAGGAUAAG